AGGUGGCGGUAGCGCGCCGCCAUGUUGCCCGCUAACCGUCGAUUUUGAAAAAAAGAAGGAGAAACAUUGAGUUGACUGAAGUGUGUGGAGAAGUCGCAGGCACUCACACUCACAGGGUAAAGAUGCAGACACCGGCAGAGUCAGUCAUCCACAGCGGCUAUUUCCACCCAACACUCCGAUACUGGCAGACCUGCGCUGCAGAUUUAAGACCUGACAAUCUCAUCUACCCAAUCUUCAUCACAGACAGUGAGGAUGCAGUGGAGCCCAUCGGCAGCCUGCCAGGACAGGCCAGAUAUGGGGUGAACAAGCUGGAGGGAAUGUUACAGCCACACGUGAAGAACGGCUUGAAAUGUGUGCUGAUUUUUGGUGUUCCGGCAAAAAUAGCAAAGGAUGAAAGGGGUUCGGGUGCCGACACAGACGACACGCCGGCCGUACUGGCAGUGAAGAAAAUCAGAUCUUUGUUCCCAGAGCUGCUGGUGGCGUGCGACGUCUGCUUGUGUCCCUACACGUCACAUGGACACUGUGGUAUCUUGAAUGAUGAUGGUACUCUGAACAAUGACGCCAGCUGCUUGCGGUUGGCAGAAGUGGCGCUGGCCUACGCCCGGGCUGGCUGUCACAUCAUUGCCCCUUCGGACAUGAUGGAUGGAAGAAUCAGAGCUAUAAAACAAGCACUGUUGUCCAAUGGUUUGGGAAACAAGGUGUCAGUGCUGAGCUACAGUGCAAAGUUUGCCUCUUGUUAUUACGGGCCUUUCAGAGAUGCUGCACAGUCCAAACCUGCGUUUGGGGACAGACGCUGCUAUCAGCUGCCUCCUGGAGCCAGGGGACUCGCCAUUCGCGCUGUGGAGCGAGAUGUGAGAGAAGGAGCUGAUAUGCUGAUGGUGAAACCAGGUCUGCCAUAUCUGGACAUCGUGAGAGAGGUCAAAGACAAGUUCCCCUCUCACCCCUUGGCGGUGUACAACGUGUCCGGGGAGUUUGCCAUGAUGUGGCACGGAGCGCAGGCUGGAGCGUUUGACCUGCGGGCUGCUGUGAUGGAGGCCAUGACCGCCUUCCGCAGGGCAGGUGCUGACAUCAUCAUCACCUACUACACACCUCAGCUGCUCACCUGGCUGAAGGAGUAAAGGCCAGAGAUCUGAAGCCAAAGGAUGAAUGGACCUAAAACCGGACCAACACACAGACCCCCUUUAAAACUACAAACCUGCUGUUAGACUUAAUCAAAUAACAAAGAAAGAAAUACAAGUAUGAAAAGAAAACAAGCCAUCUGUUUAUGUUUUAGGCCUUUAUUUUACUGUUUCUGUUUAUUCUGAUAAUGGGCUGCACAUGUUUGUGUCUUGGUUGAUUAGCUGCAGUGAUAAUUCUUAUAAAGGGAGUCCAGUAUCCAGCUGGAUCCUGCUUAAGCUUCUGAAGGGCUACUAAUGAGCUGAGCACUGAGAAUGUGAAACCUGAUCAUCUUGUUGGUGUUUUAUAGCAGGAAAUGUCUCCUGUGUGUCACUGAAAUCUGCAUUAAACAAAGUCAAUCAUCUCUUUUAA